GGAGAGAGAAAAAGGAGAGAGGAGGGGAAAAAAAAGGAAAGAGGGUAAUCAAGAGCGAGGUUAAAGCGAUAGAUAAAGAUUCGAGGACGAGGGACCAGGGACCUGAGAAGCCGAGCUCGAGAGAGAACGGAAGCCAGCGAAGUAUUGAUUAUUCGGUACUGUCCUCGCGUCUAUCACACUUCCGGAUUUGCCUCCGCCCGUCGGUUAAGGAUUUGGACUGUCCGCUAGUCAGGAAUCUCACGCGAUCUAUCGUGCUCCCCCUGCUUGGAUCCGUCUUAUUGCUACCGCGACGCCUGCCCACCCACUUUAGCAGUCCAUGAUCGGUCUUUUAGGGUUUGGGUUACCGAAAAAUUUGAACCGAUGAGCCCCGGCGUCGGUGCCGCGCGCAUGGAGGAACCCGCGUUGCCGGUUUCUUCUUCAGAUCCGCAGGAGACGGAUGGAGUCAUCGUUCGGUUUGCGGAUCUGUGCCAGGAGUUGGCCCUUGGGGAGUGUGUGAAGAGAGACGCCAUGGAUGUAUUCAGAAAGGGUAAAAAUUUGUUUUUUGCCAGCUCAACGUCACUGGGGACUAGAUCACCGGAGGAGAUGGGAAGAUACUGGUCAGCAUUUGUUCUUUUCAGUGUGCCAAGAUUAAUCGAGGGCGAGGUAAAGGAAGGCCAGAAAAAGGAGAGGGCUAGUCUGUGUUGGAUCUUAAGUGCUUGUAAAUUGAAAAUUGUGGAUUUCUUCAAUGAGUUUCCGCUUCUUUCUCUCAAGGCGGGCCAUAUUUUUUGUGAGUUGUAUGGCUCAGAUUGGGAGAAGAGGCUUAAGGUGAAGGAAUUGCAGGAGAAUGUUUUACAAUUAAUUGACAUGAGCAGGUUCUAUAAGACAGGGUUCCAGGAAUUAUUUUCUAUGAAUAACAUGAUGAACAAAGAUCGAGAUUCUACAGAUUAUGGAAGUUCUGAAAAUGUCCUAGAUUUUUACCGUUUUGGGUGGAUGCUUUUCUUAGCACUUCGUCCGCAAUCAUUGAGCCACUGUAAAAAUGUUGUGACGUGCAAAAAUGAGCUGGUUUCUGUGUUGGCAAUACUCAUUCUCCACAUUCCUCCAAAAUUCAGGAAGUUCUGUGUCCAAGAAACCUCCAUAUUAUUUAAGCAAUCCCACAAAAAAGUGAAUCUUCUUGCUUCAUUAUCUGAAAUUUAUCAUACCUCGGAAGAUGAACUGAAGAGGACAAUGGAAAAAAUUCAUUCUUUGAUAGUGGAUGUUUUAAAAAAGAAACCUUACUCGGCUUCAGAAUUCAAAUCAGAAAGUUUAGACAACAUUGAUACAGAUGGAUUGACAUAUUUCGAAGAUUUAUUGGAGAGAGAGUCAUUAAAUUCGAGUUUGGCAAUUUUGGAGAAAAUUUAUGACGAGUCAUUGAGCAUAAGAGGAGAAUUGGAUGAGCGCAUUUUCAUAAAUACUGAAGUUAAUAUACUUAGUUCUGAAAGCGCUGGAGGUACAACAAGCUUAUACAAUGCUGAGUGCAAUGCCUCACCUUCAAAGACGAUAGCAUGUCACUUGGCUCCAAAUUCCCCAACAUCUUUAAAUGGUUCUCUUGUUCAUAACUCUAAGAUGACUCUUACACCAGUGAGCACUGCCAUGACAACAGCAAGGUGGCUACGAGAUAUCAUUUCCCCUCUUCCUUCAGAACCCUCGGCAGAGCUUCAGUGUUUUUUUUCAUCUUGCAAUCAAGAUAUCAUGAACAUUGUGACCCACAGGGCAAGCAUUAUACUGGAGACAAUUUUUCCAAGUCCUUUUGGAGAAUGUUCAAUUUCUGGGAGUUUCCAGAGUGCAAACCUGUCUGAAGACAUAGCAUGGGCACAUGAGAGGAAAAUGGAAGCUCUUAAAUUAUACUAUAAAGUUUUGAAAGCAAUUUCUCUAGCAGAAUCACGGUUGUUGAAUCACAAUAAUCUUACACCAUUGUUAUCCAACGAACGUUUUCAUCGCUGCCUGCUUGCUUGUGCUGCUGAACUAGUUCUAGCUACACAUAAGACAGUCAUUUUGAUGUUCCCAGCUGUAUUGGAUAGAACUGGAUUAACAGCUUUUGAUAUGAGUAAGGUGAUUGAGACUUUCAUUAGAUACGAAGAAACUUUGCCAAGAGAGUUGAAGAGACAUCUUAAUUCUUUAGAAGAACGGCUUCUGGAAAGCAUGGCAUGGGAAAGAGGUUCGUCACUGUACAAUUCUUUGAUACUUGCAAGGCCAGCCCUUGCUGGUGAAAUAAACAGCCUGGGACUAUUAGCUGAGCCAAUGCCAUCUCUGGAUGCAAUUGCAAUGCAUCAAGAUAUUUCAAAUGGAUGCAUGCUACCUAAGGUUUCACAGAAGAUAGAUGCUUUUCCAGAUAACAGGGGGGAACCUAGAUCCCCAAAGAGACUAUGUACCGAAAGCAAAAGUUUACUGCCGCAGUGUGGUUCUACACCAACUGGCAAGAAACAUAUAUUGAGCUUUAGUUGUUUCAAAUUUAAGUCACCAUCACUCCAGUCCAAAUUUGCAAGUCCUUCACAGUCUAACCCUGCUGGAGGGGAAAUAUAUGCUGAAACAGGAAUUAAAGUUUUCUUCAACAAGAUUUUAAAACUAGCUGCUAUAAGGAUCAAAAGCUUGUGUGAGAAGAUAGAGCUGCCUCAGCAAAUUUUGGAGCAUGUCUUCUGCCUGUUCCAACAAAUCCUUGCUCACAGGACAGCUCUUUUUUUUAACCGUCAUAUUGAUCAAAUUAUUUUAUGUAGCUUGUAUGGAGUUGUUAAGGUUUGCCGUAUCGGUCUGACCUUUAUGAGUAUAAUUGACUGCUACCAAAAACAACCUCAGUGUAAACCUCAAGUUUUUAAAAGCAUUUUUGUUGCUCUACCAUCAGAUAAUAGGAAUGGGAGAAUGGUCCAGGAGCAUGUAGAUAUUAUUACCUUCUACAAUCAAAUAUUUGUUCCAUCUGUAAAGCCCUUGUUGGUGGAAAUUCAAACUAAUGGAGUUACUGCAGAAGAGAAGAAUCACACUGAUGGUCAAACUCCUAAUUCACCCAAAUUGUGCCAAUUCCCAAGUCUUCCUGAUAUGUCCCCAAAGAAGGUUUCUGCUGCUCAUAAUGUCUAUGUUUCCCCCAUGAGGCAGACAAAGAUGGAUGCUCUGCUUUCUCCGAGUUCCAGGAGUUACUAUGCUUGCAUCGGCGAGAGCACUCGUGCAUAUCGGAGCCCCUCCAGCGACUUACUUGACAUCAAUAACUGCCUAAACGGCAGCAAUCGUAGGAGGAUCAGUGGCAGACUCAAUUUCGACUUUGUAAGCGACGCUGUGGUAGCUCGAUUUCUCAGCUCUCAGAAUGACAGUUGUGUUUCUUCAAAUGUUCAUGAGACACCAAACUUGCCCAUGAAGCGUGAGGAACCCGACUCGUAAGCAGCUAGCUCGUCACACCGAGAGAAUUCUGUAAUCCCCAUAAUGCUUUCUACAAAGCUGUUUAUUUGUAGAUAAAUGGAAAGAAAUAAAGGAAUAAGAGGACUACGAAAGUUCUCUCUUAAAUCGGCUA